AGUCUGCUGCAGAUCAGACGCUUUGUUAGUGAGGGAGAGGGAAGAUAGCACUGUGAAAUAGAGAUUUCACCUUUUUAGUGACCGUUUUUUGUUUUAUUAUUUUUCUAGUAAGCUUGCAGUGCUGCACAUGUGGAAAACAUUCUAAUAAUUAUAUCAAUUUUAAAGGCCAUCAGGAAGUUUCGAACUGUUCAAAACGCACAGUAUAGUUAGGCAGCUAUAGUUAGUUAUCUUGGCUGAACUCCGUUUUUAUAUUGACUUAGUCGUCGCUUUAGCCUUUGAAUGUCGAUUAGACACCAGAUUAAUGAUUUUCGUGUGGAGAGUGAAAAGAAGAGACGCGUUAUUGUCGAGCUUGUGUGAACUCACUGACACGGUUUUAAACGCAACCCGCACGUUUAUGUAAAGAACCCUCCAUUUUAACAGCUAUUUGUUAAGUUGACGUCGUGUAUUUGAUAGUGUAGGCUCACAAAAAGACCGUGACUCGGUAUAAAUCAAUCUGGAUGUUAGACAUUUUUAAUUACUGGCCGACUUAAAAGCGAAGUCUUGUAGUCGUAGUUAUUCAGGUUUAGGACAGGAUGAAGUCUUAAAUAUCUGUCUGGAAAAUAAACGUGUGGUGAGUGUCUUCUAGGAAUAGUUUUAAACGUGGAGGAAGAAAUAUUUCAUUUCAAAUAUUUUCAUUCCUUUAGCUCGAUGGUGAAAACAAACGGCCUCAAAUGUUACGCUAGAUACACCUAAGCCUUUCCAAAAGGGUCUUGUAAACCAAGUUUAUUUGCCAAGUAAAGUUUAUUUGGCGGAUAUAACAACCCACUCAGGGCAUAGAUUUAGCUUUAGAUCAAGAAAUCCUCUCAAACAGCUGUGGUUUCGCUAGCCGGUGUGCUAGCCUCCACCUUAGCCCUCAGAAAUGUCGAAUAUCUCCAACGAAGCUGUGAUCUUGAUUAAAGAUGUAAAGCCCGGAUUGAAAAACCUUAAUAUCGUCUUUAUAGUUUUGGAAAUCGGUCGGGUGACGAAGACAAAGGACGGGCACGAGGUGCGCUCGUGCAGAGUGGCGGAUAAGAGCGGCAGCAUUGCCAUCUCUGUAUGGGAUGAACUGGGCAGCCUCAUCCAGCCCGGGGAUAUCAUCCGCCUCACGAGAGGGUAUGCUUCAAUGUGGAAGGGGUGCCUUACACUGUACACUGGACGAGGAGGAGACUUGCAGAAAAUAGGAGAGUUCUGUAUGGUGUAUUCUGAGGUUCCUAACUUCAGUGAACCAAAUCCAGAGCUGCUAACACAAGCUAACAAGCAAAACAAGACGGGUAAAGAACAGCGGGGAAAUUCUCCACCCAAUCAAAAUGCAGGUACUCCUGCACAGACAGGAAAUGGUAAUGUGCCAGUAUUUCCCAAUAACAGUGCUGCACUUGUGCCUCGGGAUCCCAAUUUUGGGGCUCCAGGAAGACCAAACGGGCGUGUUCCAGGCCAUGGGCCAUCCUCAGUAACUGCAGGGGCACCCCCUGCUCCACCCAAACCCACAGUUACCAUUAGCAAUGGCAGGGACCCAAGAAGGGCUUCGAAGAGAUGAGAACGCAAAACAACUUCUAUGUUUCCCACUCCUCCCUAAAAUCCUUCCCCAAACCAAUACACAAAACAAUGCUGCCAAUCAAAAGAUACGAGGUUCAGUGCUACGGUUUUGCCAAAUGUGCUUUUUUGUGUUGUCAUUUGCCAAUAUUUGCAUAGUGUGAUAAUUUGUUUAUCACAAUUUAGAAUUCAACUUGUUAAAGUUUGGCAUACUCUGUGCUUGUUCAGUGGCCCACCGUUUAUUUCCUUUCCCUAUAUGUGUUGAACUAUAUACCCUACUUGAACACUCGAUGCACUUUCUUCUAUUAAUUUAUAGUGAAUGCAUUGUCAUGUGAUUCAGGAAUGAUUGACUGCUGUUGCAAAUUGGGGAGUUUGACAAAGUCCCCACACCUUUGGCCAAAUUUUUUUUACCAGAAGUGACCUUUAAGGAAAGGUAAAAGGUUGAUUGAACACUUAGGAUUAUUUAAUUAGGAAUAAACCAAGAACAAAAUGUUGGGAAAUUUAUCCCGGCUGUUGUUGUAAUUGUU